UCACUCCACCGCCAUCCCACUUUAGCUUUCAUCUUGCGUAAAAUUUGGGGUUAUUCCUUAUUUUAAAAAAUGAUCGAGCUUGUCCUAAGGCGUACUAAAAGGUUUGGUCAAUCUCAACAGCGUUUUCAUGGUCAGUUUUCUUUCGGUCAAUUUUAGGAUCGGCCUUUUGGUUAAGUUCACAACCGCAGACCUUGGUUAAUUUUUCCUUGUUUACUGCUUGAGUUAAUUGUUUCUCCUUGGUCUUUUUCAAGUUUUACGUCAGUGUGUAGAUGACUUAAUAUCUGAUAGCGACAUCAGCUUGUCAGUACUAGAAAUCACUUUCCUGGUUAAUUUCCUCAGAUCGUUUUUGUUGCGUUAGUAGAUGCGCACUGGCAAUUGCCUAUUACGGAUUCCGAAGGAAGGAUUACAUUCUGCUUAUUUAGUUUGCAUUUUGUUAGAUUUAUUUCCCAGAAAGUGUUUUAAGAAACCGUUUACGUGGAUUUGUCUGAAAUGUACCAAUCCGUAUAACACAUGGAACUUGGAAAUAGACUAAUGGCUACACCUAUAAAUCCUAAUAACUUCCCUGCCAAACUUUGGAGGCUGGUUAAUAGCCCUAAGUAUCAGUCAGUUCGCUGGGAUCUCAGAGGGGAGGCAAUCAUUAUAGACCAAAAACUCUUUGAAUCAGAACUCUUUGCUCAAUCAGAAUACUCUGAUGAGUUCACAGAGCAGUUCAAGACAAGUAACUUCACCAGUAUUGUACGGCAGUUAAAUCUGUACGGUUUUAGAAAAGUGGAACCGCAUUCUGACGGUGGUCAAGGAAAUGUGCAUGCAGGAGGAGGCAUAGGGUCUGGGGAUGGUGUUCUUCAUCAUUUUCAUAACAUGUACUUCAAAAGGGAUCAUCCAGAGCUACUGAUCAACUUGAAACGACUUACUAAAGCCAACAAAGAAAAGUUAUCUCAUGGGGAAAAAGUCAUAUCUAGGCCCCCAAGCCGUUUCCAGAGGCUGUUCAAUACCUUAGUGGAAGGAAAUGUCAAAAGUGAAAAGCCUGGGCCUGUCAACACUGGUCAGGUUUAUCAGCCUUUCCACAGAGGCAACCUUGCUCCAUACACUUACUUGUCACCAUCACCUCACACCAACGUGAAAGUGGUGGGUUUGGACCGAACCCCAAUACCAUCCCAUCCAUGGCAGAACUCUGCUGGGUUGAUGACAGGACAGAUGGAAUCUUCUUCAUUUUCUAAGAAAGUCCCUUCUUUCCCUGUUGUUCAGCAUUUUCCAAAUGAGGUGCCCUACACACUGCAGUCCAGCAAUGCCUCUGUCCGAGUUCAACAAGGGUUCCAGGGAAUUACAACAUCUGGAAAGAGAUACAGCAACUAUGUGCCUCCACCUGCAGAGUACCAUCACACCUACUAUCCUCCAGCUCUUCAGUGUUGGUCAUCUUCAGCACAUAUGGAUUCGGGUACAGGUCAUGACAUUUCUAGCUCUACAUGCUGCUCUUCCUGCAAAUGUUACCGGAACCAGGCAUCACAAUCUUCCAUCCCAGAAGAACUACUGCACUCAAGCUGGCAUCGUAACUCCAGCAGUGAGAAUAGAAAGAUAGUAGUAAACCUGGAAAAUGUGUUUCAGACUGCUGAUGAGUUGAACUCCUCCCCAAAGCUGGGGGUAGUCAAGAUGAAUACAGCUGGGAAUGAGAUUUCCACAUCUCCAUCUGAAGUACCCCAAUUGCCUAGUAGCCCCAUAGCUCUUAACAUUUCACCAUCAAAGACAGUGGCUAAGGAGCUUGAGUCUUUAAACCCAGUAGUCUUUGAGGCCACAUCCUUCAUAGUAGACUUUGAUCAGCAGGAGGCUUCCUGCUUGCCACAAAAUGCUAGUUUUGAAUACACCAUUCCAGCUACACAGGAAAUGGAGAAUACUGUAGCUGCAGUUAGCACAUAUUCAACUAUAGACCACACCACAGCACAGCUGCAGACUAAACAGCCAAGCCCUUAUACCUCUUGCACAUCAGCAGCUAUUCUGGAAGAGCAGCCUUUGAAUUCAGAAAAGUUACAAGUAAGUAAGACAUACAGUUUUAAAAUACACUUUUGCUUCCAUUCUUAA